AUGACGCCGAAAUAUGCCUUGAUACGGCCUCGGCGUGGUCUGUCGCUUCUCUUUAUCAUCGGAUGUAUUCUGUGCACUGCAAUUUUCGGACUUUGGCUUGGCGUCAACUCAGACCGCGACUAUAUUCACCCUCUCCUCACUCAAUUAAUCCCUGCAGGUCACUCUGCUUGUAAGAGCUCCACGACUUUCCAAUGCUCGACUUGUCUCUCCUGUCCAGAUGCAGGCUUACAACAGCCCAUACCCACCAGCUGGCGAUAUGAGUACCCGCGCGACGCCCCGGAUGAAACCCUAGAUCAUAUGCAAUGCCGAGCAGCAUUUCCAGGUCUAUUCGAAGAUACUGCCCGCGGACAGACAUACUGGAAUUUGAAAGGGAAAAUUACGACCGAGGAAUUGGACAAUAUCAAAAUUGAGCCCGGUAUGGCUCGCGCUUCGAUUCACCGCGGCACAUUACAUGUUGUUGCAGCGCGGGCAAAGGGUGAGGACCACCGACGAAAGAUUCUAGGCGUCCUCGGUUCGAUCCACCGAGCGCUGGCCGGCGACAGCAACCGUGGGUCUCGUCAGGACAUCGAAUUUGUAUUUUCCGUGGAGGACAAGGUAGACGAUGUAACCAGCUCAGAACAUCCUGUCUGGACCUUCGCUCGGACACCCAACGAGGAGGGAGUGUGGCUUAUGCCAGAUUUCAGCUUUUGGGCCUGGGACCAUCCGGAAAACUACAUCGGACCGUAUGACCAGGUGGUAGACCGGAUCCAGCGGUUGGAUAUUCCCUGGGAAGAGAAAAAGCCUCAGUUGGUCUGGCGGGGUAAGCCAAGCUUUGCGCCAAAAUUGCGCCGCGCAUUGAUGGAAGCUGCACGGGGGAAAUCCUGGGGUGAUGUCAAGCAAGUCCAAUGGUCCACUGGCUCAAAUGUGCUCAAAAUGGAGGACCACUGUAAUUACAUGUUCAUUGCCCACGUAGAAGGACGCUCAUAUUCCGCAUCCCUCAAAUACCGACAAGCCUGCCAAUCCGUCAUAGUGGCACAUAAGCUCCAAUACAUCCAACAUCACCAUUAUCUCCUCGUGUCCAGCGGACCAAACCAGAACUACGUCGAAGUAGAGCGCGACUUCAGCGAUCUCUCAGCAAAGAUCGAGCCGCUCUUGCACAAUAACGCGACUGCGCGACAGAUCGCUACAAAUAGUGUCAAGACCUUCCGCGAGCGGUAUCUGACACCGGCAGCGGAGGCCUGUUACUGGCGAGCCCUAUUUGACGGCUAUGGUAAUGUCUGGAACAGAACCGUUAGCCUAGGGUCAGAAGGCCAGGAUCGUGGACUAAGAUAUGAAUCGUUCAUGUUGCUGGAAAGUGCGCACAUGCUCGAGUUUAAGGCCUAG